GGUUAUCGAAUUCGAGGAAGAAAUCCCAAAGUGCGCGAGGUCCGCGGUCCGUAAGGGCUCGCCGCAUCUCCGACUCUUCUUCACCGCCCUCUUCGCCGUUCCCUUCGCUCCCUUCUUACUUCCCCCACCAUUUUUGAAGACCAUUUCACAGACAUCUUGAUUCGACGCAUCCAUUAUCGGGGUGUCCACCACAGCAUUCCCGGACCAGACGGACGGCUCCGGAGGGGAGAUUUCCUAGACUUUCCCACUCACAUUACAAUUGUCGUCCAGCCACGUUCCGUUCCCCUCAACGAAGCCUUCCAGGAUGUCAACUGACUUCGACGGCGACUUUGACGAUGAAGCAAAUACCCCCGACUUGGAUUUUGAGUUCGAACGAGACUUGGACUUUGACGACCUGCUAGAAGAUGACAUCAAUGAGCUCCUGCCGCCGGGAGAUCGUGUACAUACGUCAGGGCGUCAAAAGCCUUCAAUGAGUUUCGACUUGGGGCCGCACAACCAGUUUCUUAUUCCACUCUCCUCCACCAUCUCAAAGUCGGAAACCGAUUUACCAAAGCAUAUCUCCUUCUGGUCCAGCCUGUCGCUUAUCGUCGGGAUGAGCAUUGGCAGCGGAAUUUUCGCGUCACCGGGAGUGGUGUUUGAACACAGUGGGUCUGUGGGUUCUGCCCUUCUGGUGUGGGUGGUGGGAGGCGUGCUAGCCAUCGCGGGAGGCCUGUGCUACGCUGAGCUCGGAACAAGUAUGCCGUCCAGUGGCGCUGAACAUCCUUACUUGCUGCGUGCGUUUGGGUCGCUGCCUGCGUUCUUGUUCGGAUUUUCCGGGGUAACGGUGACACGGCCAGGAUCAGUCGCCAUCAUCACCAUCAUCUGCGCUGAAUAUAUCGUGCGCUUGCUCAUGUACGCCAAUCCGACAGAAGCCCCACCGGCAUACCUGAUCAAGCUGAUUGCACUUGUAUCCUUGAUUGCACUGACGCUGUUAAACUGCAUUUCAACGAAACUCGGAACACUGGUUCAGGAUGUAUUUACCGUACUCAAAGUGGCUUCGCUGGCCAUCAUUGGGGCGAUUGGCAUCGUAAAGCUCCUGCAAUCCGGAGCCUUUACCAGCACAAUAGCAGAAGGGCGGGAGGCUAAGCCGAUAUUUGAAGGAAGCUCGUCAAAUCCAGGAGAUUAUGCGCUGGCAUUGUAUUCUGCGUUAUGGGCCUAUGACGGAUGGAACAAUCUGAACCUAGUUACAGGGGAACUGCAGAACCCAUCUCGGGACCUUCCCAGGGCUGUCAUACUGGGACCGUCGAUUGUGAUCGUAGCGUACGUGCUCGCCAACAUGGCUUACUUCACGGUCUUGCCGGCCACGGUGAUCACAACCUCCAACACCAUAGGAAUGAGCUUCGGCAAGUUCGUAUUCGGCCACGUCGGCGCCAUCAUCAUUCCCCUAGUGGUAAUAGGCUCCACCAUAGGCGCCAGCAACGCCUCCAUAUUCAGCGGCUCACGCGUCGCCUACGUCUCUGCCCGCGCCGCCCACCUCCCCAAAUUUCUUGGCAAAAUUCACCCACGGUUCCGCACCCCCUUCAACGCCCUUAUCUUCCAAUCCGCCUUCUCCGCCGCCCUCAUCCUCUUCGGCGACUUCCGCUCCCUCGUUAAUUUCUAUUCGAUGGUCGCGUGGUUCUUUUACUUGCUAGCCGUGCUGGCGCUGCUGAAGCUGAGGAGAACGGAGCCGCAUAUGGAGCGGCCGUAUCGAGUGUGGACCCCGGUGGCGGUGGCGUUCUUGGUCUCGGUGGUGUUUUUGAUUACGUUGAGUGUGGCGGAGGCACCGGGGGCGGCUGUGAGCGCGCUGCUGUUUCUAGGGAGCGGCGUGCCGGUGUGGUAUGUUGUUGUGUAUAAGAAACUGGGGUGGGAAGGGAUAGCAGAACGAAUUUCAACGCCAUGCGGAAUUCUGCUGCAUAAAGCAUCGACGUUCUUGCCAACGUCACUGGCGCCGCGAAAGUGGACGUUUGGAGGAUACCGGCGGCAGGCCUCGCAGGAGGACGGGAUGGAGAUGGAGGAGACCUGACGCUUCGCUCGCACGUAACUCAUACCGGAGCAAUGGACGUAAGACACAUCCAUGCUACGGGAUGUGUCUCGCAACGUUGCGAUUUACCUGUCCCUCUUUUCUGUCAAUUGUACAUAGUAUCUCAAUGGCAUCGGAACUGUACCCGAUAGCCCUCUCAUCUCACAUAACGUUCUGUUUCGGGCUUCGUGUCAACAUUUGCAUGGCUUUCCAUUGAGUGAUCGGAAUCCUAAUUCAUAUUCUGCAUACGCAUCAUG